AUGGCAGUGAAUGAUAACAGCUUUCAAGAAGAGGAGGAACACUAUGGGCACCCCUUACGCUCACGAACCCCCGAAGAAUUGGUAUUUGAUGCCGCGUUAUUCUACGACCGACAAAACCAUGAAAGCAUCGUCGGACGGAAACUUAAGAACGUGGUAGACAAGGAAGUCUUUCUGAGGGGAGCACGACUUGCCCAAGAUCCAUAUAAUAUAGCUGGGGUGCCUGGAUUGACAAACGUCGAAGCCGAUGCACUUCGAUUCGAGCUUAAUUCAAGUCUACUCCAGCAAACAAAAGACCUGAAAGUCACCAUUUUGGUCACGGCAUGCGCUGCCAUCACCCAAGGCUGGCAGCAAUCGUCGAUCAAUGCGAGUUCAUUCCAUUGGCAGGACGCAUUUUGGCACGAAAAAAUUAGAGAGAUUCCCGGCGGCAAGUACAAUGUUUUUGGCGGAUUUAUCGAUGCGGCACCAUGGCUUACUGGAAGUCUCAUCGGCACUUGGUUGAGUGACCCUUUGCAGGAGGGGCAGUUUGGAAGACGCCCUGCACUUUUCUUAUCAGGAAUUUGUUGUACAGCGUUUGCGUUAGCGACGGCUAGGUGCAACAACUGGCAGGAGCUUCUGAUUUGUCGCCUGCUACUCGGAAUUGGGAUUGGGGCGAAGGCGUCGGUUGCCCCUGUGUUCGCUGCGGAGGCUGCUGUUGAUCGUUUACGUGGACGACUCCUUAUGAUGUGGCAGGUUUUUGACACAUUCGGAAUAUUCGUUGGCUUUGUCUGCGUUUUUAUUGCCGACGAGAACUGGAGGGUUAUCUUAGGAUCCGCCGCAAUCCCUUCCAUAAUCCUGCUGUUCCUUGCUUUCCUCUGCCCAGAAUCACCACGGUUUCUCAUUCGUAAAAGGCUAUACGCGGAUGCCUUUUUAAGUCUUCGUCAUUUGCGUGGAAGUGAUAUCCAAGCAUGUAGGGACUUAUACUCAAUCCAUAGCCAGUUGCAAUUCGAGUCACAGAAGAGGCUGCGCAAAUCUGGAAAAUUGUCGAGAGAUGACGAAUGGUUGAGGAGGGAGCUGUAUCAAGAAGUAGAGCUUCGCAGCUUGAACUUUUUCAAGCGUGUGAAGUCACUCUGGUCUAUCAAGCGCAACCGAAGAGCGUGUAUUGCUGCAUUUAUUGUGAUGGCAUCCCAGCAGCUCUGUGGCGUUAAUGUGCUCUCAUUUUAUUCAUCAGUUGUUUUCAAUGACAUUAAGGAGGGAAAUGCUAUACCAAAAAAUACGGCGAAGGUAAACUGGCUAAAUUUUGGCUUUGGGUUGGCAAAUUUCCUGUUCACUAUCCCAGCACACAGGUACAUUGACGGAUACCACAAAAAGGGCCGGCGCCUAUUACUGCUGGUGUCUCUUGCCGGCAUGUUUUUAAGCCUCAUCGCCAUCAGCUCCUUCUAUCUCAUCUCAGAUUCUGGCAAGAGGACCGGGCCUGUAGCUGUCUUUACUAUUGUCAUCUACCUUGCUUUUUACGGUAUUGGGGCUGGACCAGUUCCAUUUACCUUUAGCGCUGAAGUAUUCCCCUUGGCGUUUCGCGAGGUCGGUAUGAGCUUUAGUGUUAUGGUCAAUUUUAUUGGCCUUACAAUUCUCGUUAGCCUUGUUCCGCUUGUCAAUAAAUAUGCGAAGAACGCCCAAAAUACACGGCCCUAUGGCUACCUUUUAUACAUAUUUGCCGGUCUGGAUGCCCUGGCAUUUGUGCUGGUGUUCCUAUUUGUCCCGAGCACAGGCCAGAUCCCCCUCGAACAAAUGGACCAAAUAUUUGAAAAACAUACAUUUACUCAUGUCAAAGAGCAUUUUGCAGCUUUGCCCUGUCUUCAUCACAGCAAGGACACCGAUGAAGAAUCUAACCAGAUGCACCCCGUCACUUAA